UAUGCCUUGGACUCUGUAGUGCUACAGCUCAGGAGGAACUCUACUCAAGUAAAGUGAGGAGGAAAUCUCUGGCUGUGCUCUUUUUCAAAACAAGUGCAACUUUAAAAAGACAGAGCUGAGGAUGAUGGCGGAGGGGAAGUUUGCCAGUCUGCCCAGGAAUAUGCACAUGGGCGUGGGCAGCAGGCAGUGUCCCCUGGCCUCCUCCAUGGACCUGCUGACCUCCAGGCCUGCAGUAUCAGAGCUGCCCCCAGCCGGAUACCACAGUGUCUCCAUCCACGGCACUCUGCCUAGGAGGAAGAAAGGGUCCCCAGCCCCGGCCCAGGGCCCUGCCCGCUCCUGGGACAUGUACAGCCACAUGGGCACCCUUCCCCACCCGGCCCGCACCCACCUGCCCUCCUCGCCGCUCAUUCACAACAUCAUAGAGGAACACCAGCCUUACCAUACAGGGAGGGAAGGCCACUCUGCAUACAGCAGCAGCAUGGAUCCCACCAUGGAGUACGUCAAGUUCUCCAGGGACAAGUACAUCAUGGAGGGUCCACCGGAGAAACUACGCAAGGAGCUGGAAGACGAGCUGAAGCUGGGCAGUGAGGAACCACGCAGCCACGCCUGGUACCAUGGUGCCAUCCCCAGACAGGUGGCAGAGAACCUGAUCCAGAGAGACGGGGACUUCCUGAUCCGGGACUCUCUGUCCAGCCCUGGGAACUACGUCCUGACCUGCCAGUGGAAGAACAGCCCGCAACACUUCAAAAUCAACAAGAAGGUGGUGGCCAUGAACGAGGCCUACUCCCGGGUGCAGUACCUGUUCGAGAAGGAGGGCUUCGACAGCGUGCCUGCCCUGGUGCGUUACUACGUUGGCAACAGGAAGCCAGUGACGGAGGCGGUGGGGGCCAUCAUCUUCCAGCCCAUCAAUAGGGCCUUGCCCCUGCGCUGCCUAGAGGAGAAGUAUGGGGUGGCCUGUGUCCGUGUGGAGGCUGGCCUGACCCUGCCCGAGAGGAAGAGCCAGACAUCUAAACGCCUGAGCCUCAACAUCAUGAACGGACACACCCAGGACCACAGCCUCGGACGGGGGAACCUGCUUAGGAACAAAGACAAGUGUGGAAGCCAGCCGGCGUGUCUGAACCACGUUCAGGAGAGACGACGGCCCCUCAAAACCCACCAGUCAGAGAGCUUCCUCCCGCUAGGCUCCAGGGCCCAGCCCCAGCUCAUGGAGCACCAGCCAAGCCCCAAGUCUCCAGUAUUCAGGACGGGUAGUGAGCCGGCACUCAGCCCCACCGUGCCAAGGAGGAUGGCCUUUGAGACCCAGGCCGGGGAGGCCAUACGGGGCUCAGACAGCCAGCUCUGCCCCAAGCCGCCCCCUAAGCCCAGCAAGGUGCCCUCCAUCAGGAUCCCCCACUCCCCACGUCUGCAGCCCCUGGCUGCCCCAGCCCCGGGUCCCCCUGUACCCCCACUGAAACCCAAGAAGCAGCAUGUGAUCCAGGCUCUCCAGCCUCCGCAGCCCCCCAGCCCAGAAGUGAAUUACUGUGAACUCAGCCCCUGCAGCCCAGCAGAGUUGGACAGGCUCCAGGCCCCAGCUCCAGGGCCCCAGCCCAACAACAACAGCUACGUAGAGAGGCUGAGGACAGAGGAGAGCCAGAGGAGCAGCUACGGCUCCAAAUUGGACCGCAGCUCCUACCACCACGCCAUCGAAGCCCUGGAGAAUGGCAGCGAAGAGGAGGUGGAAGGAGGUGGAAAAGGAGGGAUGGAAGAGAUAGAGGAGACUGUGGAGAAGGAGUUCCGGCGGCCGGUGUUGGAGACUGCGUCUGCGUUCCGGCCGGGGGAGUUUGAGUCGAGGCUGCUGCCUGCAGAGAACAAACCCCUCGAGAUGAGUGUACUGAAGAGAGCCAAAGAGCUGCUGGUCCAUAAAGACCAUCACAUCAUCGCCAAGCACAUCCUCAUGGCAGAUUGCCAGGUUGCUAGGGUACAUGGCAUCUCUGAGGAGGCGAAAGGUCAAAUGGGUGUGUCAUCUGGUCUGGAGCUGGUGACCUUACCCCACGGCAGGCAGCUGCGGCAAGACCUGAUGGAAAGGCACCACACCAUGGCCAUCGGGGUUGCUGUGGACAUCCUGGGCUGCACAGGAAGUCUGGAGGAGCGGAGCGCCACUCUGAACCGUAUCAUCAUGGUGGCUCUAGAACUGAAGGACUCCAUGGGGGACCUGUACGCCUUCUCCUCCAUCAUGAAAGCACUGGACAUGCCUCAGAUCACACGGUUAGACCACACCUGGACCAUGCUGAGGAGGAAGUACACUCAGACUGCCAUCAUAUACGAGAAGUCUCUCAAGCCAUUUUACAAGGGACUGUAUGAAGGAACAGUGGACAUGCCCCUGACUGGCACCACAGUGCCUCUACUGAUGCCCCUGCUGAUGCUGAUGGAGCGCCCGGCGGUGGCGUUCGAGGGCAUGGAGCUGUGGGAGAGCAACGACCAGGGCUGUGAAAUCCUGCUACGCCACCUGGAGGAGGCUCGCAGCGUGGCACACAAUGCUGACUCAUACACCGCCAACACUGAACGAGUCCUGCAAGAUUUCCAGGCUGACGAGGAUCUGUUGGAGAUCUGUAAAACAGACUUCCAGCUGCGUCUGCUGUGGGGCAGCAGAGGGGCGGCCGUCAACCAGACGGAGAGAUACGACAAGUUCACACUCAUCCUGACUGCUCUGUCCAGGAAGCUAGAGCCAGCGGUCAAACACACAGAACUCUGAACAGGACAGUCAGGCUGGUUAAGAGAAAGGAUGAGGAAGACUGUUACAGAGCGAGACCGCUGUCCUUUCCCAACCUGUCCACUGGAGGGAGUGUGAGUCAGAUCCAUCUGGAACUCAUCCUUGGCAGGACACCAAUCUGAGUGUGCUGAUAUGAAGGGGGAAAAUGUCCCUCCUUGACGCAGGAGGGGGGGGUUGCCUCAUCCCAGAUCUGUUUGUGCUCUUGCCUACUAUUUGGAGGCGGCAGGUAGCCUAGUGGUUAGAGCGUUG